UAUUCAAAAUUAAGUUCUUAAGGUAAAAAAAAGCAACUGCAAAUGCACAACACGUAGACGUUGUUCAGUGUCUAAGGUGUUUCAUAAGUACAGGCCAUUUACCAUUCAUGCUCAUGAAUAUAGCACAUGAAACGCAUUAGUUCUGCCUGCUCAUGCAGAGUUAUAAAAGCAGCAGCGGUGUUCACAUACGUCUCACAAGCUGACAAAAGCAGUGGGCUCUUUUUCACAUAUUUUUCAGUGAUCAGAGAAAAUUUGACAGGAUGUCAGACAUUCACUCUAAAAACCCCAGAACUUUGGGCCGGGGCAUCUGUAUCAUCACAGGAGCCUCAAAGGGAUUCGGACAUGCGCUGGCACAUGAAGUGUCCCAUUUGCUGAAGGCUGGCUCUAUCCUCUUGCUGGUGGCUCGGUCUGAGUCACUGCUGCAGGAGUUGAAGCAAGAACUGCAGAGCUUCACUGAAGAACAGCAGCUCGUGGUUCGCUGCAUAGCUGUUGAUCUGAGCACAAGAGAGGGAGCGCAUGAAACAGUCAUGGUGGCAAAGCAAGAAGCUGUAAAUGAAAUGGAUCAUGUGCUUCUUAUCAACAAUGCUGGUUCUCUGGGUGACAUUUCACAGUUUGCGAGUUUUACCGACCUUGAUAAGGUGAAUUCCUAUCUGUCCCUCAACGUUAGCUCUGCUCUGGUGCUGACUGCAGGAAUGCUGCAGGCAUUUCCAUGCAGACCAGAUCUGCGAUGGAGCAUAGUUAAUGUCUCGUCAGUGUUUGCACUGCAGGCCUUACCAUCCUGGGUGUUGUACUGCACUGCCAAAGCAGCCAGAAAGAUGAUGUUCAAUGUGCUGGCUGAGGAGGAGCCAAAUGUCAAAGUACUCAGCUACUCACCAGGUCCUAUGGACACAGAGAUGCAGAAGGAUAUUCAGAGGUUAACAGGUACUAAAAAUAAUUUGUUCCCAUGCCAGGAGUCUGCAGCCAAACUAAUGAAGCUCCUUCUGGACAAUGAAUUCCCCUCAGGUACUCAUGUUGACUUCUUCACAGUGUGAUCUCACUAUGAGCCAGAAUUAAAUUAAAAAGAUAAUCAAUGCAUGAGACUCCCUUACUUAUUUUAGGUACAAUGUACUUGGCUUCUGUUCUCUUAAAUAAAUAGAAAACAAAUACAGCUACAUAGAACAGAUACAAAUUCACUGUGUAAUUAUAGUACAGUAUAUAAAAUACAGUAACUUUGUUUUGUUGUUAUUGGCUUUUAUAAAGGCCUCAAAGUUUGUGAAUGUCUCCUACUGACUAAUUUGUUUGCUCAUUUGCUGUGCUAUUGGUUAUGUGUGACAUUGUACAUAUAUGUAUCUAAAAGUAAGGAAAGAUCUAUGUAGAGCCUGUUUCAGAUCCUUUUAAUUAUUUCAUUAUUAAUAAUGAUUUAAAUAGAUUUCUGUUGUCUUCUUCUGUUAAUUGUGUAUGUUAAUGUGUUUGUUGCUGAUGUGAAGCAUGAUGAUCUUAAAUAAAUAUAAUUGUGCAUAGAGAAAUGACCAUUGUGUUUUGACUCCUUUAACCUCUAACUGUUCAUCAACAUGACACAGAUGACUGCUUUGAAAAGUUGCAUGUUGUAGCCAGUUUUGUUGUUUGCUCUAUUGUGUGGUAAAUUGUGUUAUGUUGUAUAAUUAUUGCUGUUGCCACUUCAUCUGGUCACCUAAGGGCAUAUAGGCAUGUAAUAAAAGUAGUCACAUAGCCUACACAGGGGAGUCACAAGAGAACAGCUGAAGGGAAUUAAGACCUGGGGACAGUUUUCAACCACACGUGUGCAUCUGUGCUGGUCCAUGGGGGGCAGCUAGUUUUGGAUGACGUGACAGGCUAGUGAUCUUUUUCCAUGACUUCUUCACAUCAACUUCCUGUCAAUCUCAGCCUAGUCUACUGUUUUUGUAAGACAAAAAUCUCAUUGUC